GUAAAUGGCCAAGAUCUUUCGCAGUCUAGUCACCAUGAAGCGGUGGAGGCUUUCAGAUCGGCCAGAGAACCAAUCGUAGUGGAAGUCUUGCGGCGGACAAGUAAAGCGGGCAGCGGUGGUGAAAUCAACAGCGGCGGAAGUGGAAGUAGCAGAGCCAUGAAAAGUCGUUGUCCAACGAUGGUCUCCAUUGGGACACAAACAGAGGAGGAUUUUUACUGCUUCAAUCGGCCGCCUACACCCCCACAGGGAAUGUUUACUAUACCUUUCCCGACAGGAUUGUACCAGCCUUCAUCGAGACGACCGGUGGCUUUCUCGCCCAGCGCAGAGAUGGGUCUAACGGACAUAGAGAUGGCCCAUAAUUUCGACAUUGAUGACCCAUAUUUCGAUGACCGACAGUACGAGAUGGUCUACGAGGAGGUGAUUUUGAGACGAAAUUCGACGGAUGAAAAACUGGGAUUGACUUUAUGUUAUGGAUCGCUAGAAGACGAGAUGACGGAUAUAUUUAUUAGUGAG